AUGAGAGGUCAAUUACAGUGGUCUCGAGCACAGGCAGUGCGGAGGACUGGCCAGUUCCACGCGCGUCCAACUCUACGGCAGUUCCAGCAAGUCCGCCAUGCAUCAAGCGAGCUCAAGCAAGAGGUCGCUCGCAACGAGAAGAUUGGAGAUGCCCGCUCUGGCCUCAGCCGCGUCAAGAACCUGCUUCUUGGAACCACCAUAACCGCUGUCCUCGCCUUUGGAUACCUCUAUGUCACCGACACACGCGCGACCUUCCACCAAUGGCUUGUGCCGCGUGUCUUGCGCACCCUUUUCCCCGACGCCGAGGAUGCCCACAAGAUCAGCAACAAGACGCUCAAGGCUCUGUAUUCUGUCGGUCUACAUCCCCGUGAAAGAGGCAACCCAGAUGUCAAUGGAGACUUGAAGGUCGACGUCUUUGGACAUGUCCUGGACAAUCCCAUCGGAACAUCUGCUGGUCUGGACAAGAACGCCGAUAUCCCCGAUGUCGUCCUCGGCUUCGGUGCUGGUAUCGUCGAGGUUGGUGGUAUUACUCCUCGACCACAGGAGGGUAACCCCAAGCCCCGUGUCUGGAGAAUUCCUUCGCAGAACGCCCUCAUCAACCGCUACGGUCUCAACUCCGAGGGUGCUGAUAGUGUUGCUACCCGUCUUCGCCAACGACUGCGCGAGUUCGCUUACGCUCUCGGUCUUGGCCUUGACCCUGUGGCCGAGCAAUCUGUUCUGGAUGGCUAUGCUGGCGUGCCCCCUGGCAGUCAGAUGCCCGGCCGUCUGCUCGCUGUUCAGAUCGCAAAGAUGAAGGAGACCCCCGACAACGACAUUGAUGCCAUUGCCCAAGAUUACGUCUAUUGUGUCAACCAGCUCGCCAAAUAUGCUGAUAUCCUUGUUGUCAACGUCUCGUCUCCAAACACUCCUGGUCUUCGCAACUUGCAGCAGGCUGCUCCAUUGACCAAGAUUCUGACUGCCGUCGUUGAUGCUGCUCAAGCUGCUGAUCGCAAGACAAAGCCUGCCGUCAUGGUCAAAGUCUCUCCCGAUGAAGACAGCGAGGAGCAAGUCAGCGGUAUCUGUGGUGCUGUCUGGGCCAGUGGCGUUGAUGGUAUUAUUGUUGGCAACACUACCAAGAAGCGCCCUGACGCCCUGCCCGCCGGUUACCUUCUCCCACAGAAUGAGCAAAGUAUCAUGCUCGAGACUGGUGGUUACUCUGGUCCCCAAUUGUUCGAGCGCACAGUCGCCCUGGUCAAGAAGUACAGAGCAACCCUUGACAAGGGACCUAAUGAGGCCAAGCCCGAGCCCAAGAAGAUCGAAGCACCUAAGCAACCAGAGAAGUCCGAGUUCCAGCUUGAGACAGAAGCUAUGAGAGAAAAGAUUAAACAACAACUGCAACAGAAGUCGGAUACUACUCAGAGUGCUGCUCCCAACAGCUUGGACGCUGAGACUAAGGCCUCGAUCGAAUCAAAAAAAGUCAUUUUCGCAACCGGUGGUAUUACGAAUGGCAAACAAGCCCUGGAAGUCUUGAACGCAGGUGCCAGUGUUGCCAUGGUGUAUACAGCAAUGGUAUAUGGAGGUGCGGGCACCAUCACUAGGAUCAAGCAGGAGAUGAGAGAAGAGAUCCAUGGGUUGUCACGUCAAUUGCCUUCUUCUGCUCCUCGUGAGGAGAGGUAA